AUGUUUGUGUCUCGUAUAUGGUGGAUAUCCACCAUUUUCAUGUUUUGUUUGAACAGAAUAGUAACUGCUAAUCAGUUUAUCCCACCUGAAAACUGGAGAAAUAUAAGAUACUUUAGAGAAAUUGAUGUAUCAAACCCAUUCACGGGUGAAAGUUACGAUUUAACCAUUGAAAAUAUUUCCGAUGAACCACAGAAUCAAUAUUAUAUCGCCCUUUCUGAGGACGUUGCCCUCAGUACAUCCAUGAUAACUGCUGCCAUUAAGGGAACCGAAAAAUUCUUAGCAUGCCAAACCGUGGCUACUUUCACCCAACUUAAGGACGGAACAGUGAUUAAGUAUGCACUUCUUGCCUUUCCUACACCAAUUCAACCACAUUCUCAAGUUUCUAUCAUGGCGAAAUUCUAUCACACAUUGGCUCCCACACCAUACCCAGAACAUAUCUCUAUUGAUGACAUUCAACAUCUAUCUAUUAAGGAAAAUAGAUAUCCUUUAUCCCCAUACGAUACUGACAUCUUUAGCUUGAGAAUUACUGGUUCUGAUGAUUUUUACGAAUUAAACCCACCAAAGGAUAAAUCUGCACAAGGUGUUCUUACCUUAGAAGGUUUCAAAUUCGGCCCACACCACGAUGUAGAAUCAUUUACUAUCAAUGAAGCUACUAUCGUAUAUGGUAGUGAUGCUCCUGUAAACAAAAUUACUCAUCUUAACAGAGACGUAUGGAUUUCUCAUUGGGCAAAUACAGUACAAUAUCAAGAAUAUUAUGAAAUCAAAAAUGUUGGCGCCAAAUUAAAGGACGGAUUUUCCAGAUUAGAUUUCAUAAGACACCAACAAAAGAGCCCAUCAGGUCAUUAUUCAACAAUCUUUAAUAUUGCUUUACCUGAAAAUUCUACUGAUCAUUUUGUUACUGAUAAGAUAGGGCUGGUCUCUACUCACGAGGUUAGAGGUGACACUCUUACCCUAAAGCCAAGAUUCCCAAUUUUCGGCGGAUGGGGAUAUAACUUUACCAUUGGAUGGACGAAUCCACUCUCUCAAGUUUUACGCAAGGACCCCACUGAUGAUGAUACCUACAUUCUCUGUAUUACUUCUUUGAAUGGUCCAUCAUCUGCUACUUACGAUUUCGCUCACGUUACCAUUUACUUACCUGAAGGUGUAGAAUAUGUUGAUGUCGGCACUGCGCUUCCAUUUGAUGAGGCUACAGUUGAGCCAGAAUAUUCUUUCUUCGAUUUACAAGAUGGCCAUCAAAAGAUCACUUUUAACUUCAAAAACUUAUUUGACGAAUUAGGUAAAGGUGAAGUGUUAAUCAAAUAUAAAUACCCAAAAACAGCCAUGUAUAAAAAACCAUUAUCUAUUGCCUGCUAUUGGUUUAUUGGCUUGUUAAGUUUCUUCGUUUUGAAGAAUGUUAAUAUUGGUAUUUACUAG